CCGAACACAUGUUGCCGAAGCGGUCAGAUGGUGCAGAUCGAUUCUUCCAAUUUGAUUCGUGGUAGAUUCCUAAGCAUUUCUGUUUUCAUAAGUUUACAGGUAGUAUCCGCAACAUGCCACAAUCAAAUCCCCACGGAUUGAACCCGGUGUUCAAGCUGAGACCGCUGAAGCUGCUGGAUCUCGACGUUGAACACGAGGCCGACACGUACGAUGCGUACGACCAAUUCCUGCGCAACCACCCUUUGAUGAGCGACGACGCCCUUCCGUCGUGGUCCAAAUGCAACAAAAGGGCCGCCCGGGUCCGCAACGAAGGCAACAGGUUCUUUCAGCCGUUGGAUAUUAUUCCCGCCUUGGGCAAGUACAACGAGAGCAUCUGCCACGCGAAGGCGGACUCGGAAGAUCUUGGCUUUGGCUACGCUAAUCGCUCGGCGGUUUAUCACGAAAUGGGCGAGUACGAGCAUGCCCUGGUCAAUAUCCGGCUGGCCAAGAAGCACAACUAUCCGGAACGGUUGAUGUCUAAGCUGACGGCCCGCGAGAACAACUGUAAGCAGCGACUCGCCGCCGGUCAAUCCAAAGGAAUCGGCGAUCCAUGUCCGCGAAUGAACAUCAACGUGCAGACGAACCCGAAGAUCCCCUUCUUGGCCAAGGGUAUCCACAUGGAGGUGUUGCCGAAAUUUGGUCGGAGUAUGAUGGCCAAUCGAAACUUCAAGACGGGGGAUGUUAUUUUGGACGAGAAGUGCAUUCUUGCCGUUGUGGACGCUGAACAUCGGUACCACCAGUGCAGUCACUGUACAACCGGAAAUGCGAAAAUGUGUUCCCUGAUGCCGUGUCCGCAUUGCGUUUCGGCCAUGUAUUGUAGCGAGAAAUGCCUGGAGCGAGACUGGAAGUACGUCCAUCGCUUUGAGUGCGCCGUCUCGGACAAGCUGCAGUACAUUUCGUUCAGCUACGUUGCCAUGGGUUCGAAGCUGUUCCUGUACGGACUCUCGCUGUUCAACGACGACCUGGACGAGAUGAUGCGCUACUUUGAGACGCUGGAAAAGUCCGGAGGGAACGCCCUCGACCUGGACUACACCGAGUACGACCCGCUGGAAGAGUGGAAGGACCUUUGCAACAUCAAGCCAGUUCCCUCCAGCAACGACAACUUCGCACGAACGGCCGCAGCCGCCCAUUGCUUCACUUUGCUCAAGAACCCGGUCGUCGCCGCGAUCGUCAACACGCCGGCCAAGCGAACCUUUAUGUAUCAACGCGUUCGAGAUUUCGUCCGGCUGGCCAACUUAUACAAAUGGGAAAACUUCCAAAGUCCGCUUUGUCCGGUGGCGUCCCUGUUCAACCACUCGUGUGACCCCAACGCGAUUGCCACGAUCCACUCUGGGCAGGUCAGAAUCAUCGUCCUGCGUCCAAUCCGCAGCGGCCAACAGAUCUGCGUCUCGUACGGUCCGAGCUGGUGGGAUGACGCAAUUGGACACCAUCAUUGCAAACCCUUCAACUGCAAGUGCGUCGUUUGUGACCCAGAGACAAAGGACAAUUGGCGUGGCCGGGUUAAAAAGCCUCCGGCCAGUUUUAACCGAGACGUUGCAAUAGUUGGCGUGGGUUUCCUCGACGACAGAGCAAACAAUGCCGUUAAAUAUAAUGCGGUUACCCAGUUUAUCGUGCAGUACGCCUAUCUUCAUCCGCAGCGACAUUUUGGCGUUAUGCUGCGGACGUACCAGGACAUACUGCGCUCGCUGACCGUAGACGGGGAAUUACGGAUCCACCGAACGAAGGCCCACGCCGAGCUGGAUAUGGGAAACGAAUAAGCAGAUUUGAACUAGCUGGUGAAGUUUUG